AUGUCAACCACAGCAGCCCCCCAACCCAACGGCCAUCCCCCCGGCUCCCAAUCCCAAACCCUCACCACCACCACCAACCCACCCCAACCCCCCCCUCCCCCUCCCCUCAACAGCAACACCAACCCCCAAUCCAACCCCACCGCCCCCCGCCCCCGCGAGUCCCGCACAAUCGAGCUCCUCCUCCUAGCCCAAGGCGUCACAACCUUCGAACCCCGCGUCCCCCUCCUCCUCCUAGACUUCGCAUACCGGCACACCUCCUCCGUCCUCUCCGACGCCCUCCACCUCUCCGCAGACCCUUACACCUCCCACGCCGGCGCCCGCCCCUCCGCCUCCUCCGGCGCGGCCCCCGUUAACGUAGGGGACGCAGCCAUAACCUCCAACGCCGUCCAGCUCGCCAUCGCAUCCCGCCUCGCCUACCAAUUCCGGGGCGGCGCCGCCGGUGGGACGAGUAAAGACUGGUUGCUCGACAUGGCCAAAGAACGAAACAAAAUCGCCUUACCUAGGGUUCCGGCGAGUGAAUGGGGUUUGAGGCUUCCAGGGGAGAAGUUUGUCUUGUCUGGGACGGGGUGGGGGUUGAGGGAUGUUUGGGCUGGGCAGGAGGCGUUGGAGGAGUCGGAUGAGGAGAGUGAGGAGGGGGAUAUGGAGAUGGAGGAUGUGGUUUUGGGAGGGGGGAUGCAAUCACAGGAAAAGGAGGAGGAUGUAGGGGGGGAUGGGGUGGAGGGGGGCACGAUGGCAGGGAUGUUUUUGGGGAUGAGGCGGAGGAUGAGGAGAUGGGGGAGGCUUGAUUUUCUCUGUCAGGGUUUCACGACAUAA